UUCGAGUCACCGCUACCGGAAACUAACUGUACGAGCGAACGAACGAUUCGCGAACGACUCUUCUUGGCGAACUGACCGAAGGGAACUGAAUCAUGGAAACGAAUCACUAAAUCCAACGCUAGUUCAGAAAGUCAUCCGGAUAUAAAUAUAGUAGGUCAAGUAGGGUCGACACCGUGCGAGAAACGUGUUUGAACUAAUUUACACACCACUUUAAGGAUGAAAACGGGAACAAUAGAUUUUUUCCUGUGGUCGGUGAUUGGGUGAUUGAGGCACCCCGUUUGUGUGGUUAUACUGCAGAAACGCCACACGUCUGCGUGGAGGACGAUCCUUCUAGACCCAUCACCUUCCAGCACAUCCCGGAGAGACAACUGGUGGAAGGAUGUCCUCCCUGGUGCGCCUGAGGCUGCUGCCCAGCGCCAAGUGCCUGUACACCCAGCCCGUCCGGGUGCUGGUGGACGGCCUGCGCUCGUCCCAGGUGGUCACCGUGAAGGCCAGGGCCACCGACGACAAGGGGGUGCCGUUCCACGCCUCCGCCGUCUACAGGGCCGACGCGGGCGGGGCCGUGGACCUCGGCAGUGAGCCGUCGCUGGGCGGGAGCUACACGGGGGUGGAGCCCAUGGGUCUGCUGUGGUCCCUGAGGGCCGACGCCCUCCACACCAAGUUCCACAAGACCGACUCCCGGAGGCCCCACGUGGUCAGGUUCUCCGUGCACGAUGGAGAGGCGGGGGCCGGCCCCCUGUUGGCCGAGGCGACCAAUGAGAGGCGUCUGCUGGCGGAUGGGGUCGAACGGCAACCAAUCAAAGAAGGGAACAUCAGUGGAGUUCUCUUUGUCCCCCCUGGAGAAGGCCCGUUCCCUGCUGUCUUGGACCUUUACAUUUACGGCGAUGGGCUGUCUGAGAGACGAGCCUCUCUCCUGGCCAACUGUGGCCUCAUGGUUCUGACUCUGGCGCUGUACGGCCACGACGACCAGUCCAAGAAGGUCACAAAGCUUCACUUGGACUACUUUGAGGAGGCAAUACAGUUGUUAAGGAAGCAUCCAAAGGCCAUGGAUUCGGGCGUUGGCUUAAUAUCAAUAUCCAAGAGCGGAGAUCUGGCACUUUCCAUCGCCACGCACCUCCCAAACGUUAAAGCCACCGUGUCGAUUAACUGCUGCUGCUCCAACGUUGCCAUACCCCUGUUCUACAGAGGAAGUCAAAUCUGCUCUCCCCUGAUGUACGACGUCAGCAAGGUCACAGUCACGAAGUCUGGGGCUUUGAACGUAAAGCACAGCCUUCACGAUCCCCUGGCUCCGGAGAACGAGGGAUCGCUGAUCCCCAUCGAACGAGCCACAGGGCGCUUCCUCUUCGUGGCCGCCGAGGACGACCUCAACUGGGACAGUUGUCUUUUUGCCGACCAGAUGACGGAGAGGCUGAGACGUCAGGGGAAGGACAACUUUGAGAAGGUGUUGUACCCGGUAGCAGGGCACUACCUGGAGCCGCCGUUCGGGCCGUACUGCCCGUCCAGCUUCCACGGGGUGGUGGGGGCGCCGGUCGCCUGGGGCGGGGAACCCAAGGCCCACGCCAAGGCUGAGAUGCACCUGUGGAACAAGAUCCAAGAGUUCUUCAGAACGCACCUGGUCCCAGAGGCUGGGGCAGCCAAAGCUAGGUUAUAGGAGGCUGCAGCCUCCUAUAACCUUAAGGUCCAGAGUAAAAGAUCAAUGACUGUAAUGAUUUGUGCCUCCUUGUGUUGAAAUGAAACUAUGAUUCUUGUUUGAUGAAUUGCCAUAUCACACAAAAAGAAAGGUAUACUACUGAGGCAUGUUCCCAUCUUGAUUAUGUGUUCAUGUAUUUGUACUAGAGGCAAAAGGGUGGGAUUUGUAAUGUUUUUCCUCUGAUCUUCUAAUCUACAGCAUGAGCCUUAGUUGUGUUUUCUUGAUUUACAGUGUUGCCCAAAUUACCUUGAAAAAGUAAUCUGAUUACCGAUUACUCCUUUAAGAGUUUAAUUAGUUACUUUACUGAUUACUUGAUUGAUUUUUGUCUUCCUUUAAACGUAAAUAAAUUAGAUAAAUUACUUUAUUAGUUACAUUCAGCAGCUGCUGACAACACUCCCUGCUGCCUCAAAAUGAAAAUGACAACCAGUUGUGCCAAUACUCACUUUAUUGGAAGCAAUGUAUAUCUUGACAAUUUAAGUUGAACUUAAAAUAAUUUACUUCAAUCUGUAUUGGCCAAUCAGAUUUUUUUUGACGCAAUUGCUAUUAAGCCUACGCAUAGCAUUCACGCACACUCACAACCAGACACAACAACGACAAACAAGUUCUAGAGUGGUCUGCAGAAUACAGCGCCUGUGUAACAUAGUAUCUUUGGGAAUCUAUAAACUCGGGGUAGUUACUCAAAAAAAGUAAUUUGUUACUUAUUACUAGUUACUUCUGUAAAUUGUAAAGAGAUUAUAUGGAAUAUAUGGAACAAGUUUUGGAGCUCUAGAGUCAACAAUGGCGACGCUAUUGAAAUUGUUGCCAAUCAAAAA